ACCACCUGUUUUGACAGUUCUCACGGCGUGAACUUAGCCACAAUCAGCUGCAUCUGUCAAAUCAACAGAUGUAUUGUGAUAGUUUGCCCCCGCAAAAGUGACAACAGCAAGCCUCCCAGUAGUGGCGCGCCGCCCCCGUCAGCCCAGCUUUAUGUGCCAGACAAUUCCGAGCACAUUUCCAGCCCAGGUCGCAACGCAGCAAUGACAAUUCCUACUUCCAGAAUCCGUCAAGUGUCAUAAUGAAAAUUCCGUCAGAAAACUCAGCGAAAAUAGUGAAUUCGUCGCGUAAAUAGUGUUAGAUUAGAAGUUUCUUAAGGGUUUGAUGGUACAGUCAGCAUAGGCAAUGCAAGAGUGUUUCCUGAAAAUCCUCGCGAGGUUUCGUUUGGGCCCUUCCAAUGGGCAAUUGCCUGGCGUGCUUCAAGGAGCCCAACAGUACGGCCCUGGACAACUCCCCCAAUUGUCCUAAAGAAAUGCCCGAAGCCCAGCUGUACCCGGCUCCGAGUCACGUGCCAGCCUCCUCGGCCCCCUCCGAGACCAUCCUGAGCAACGGCAACCACCUGACCGCACUCCCCGAAACGACAAUAACGCGCUUCUACCCGCGGAAGACCCACUCGAAGUCGGCGCCCGCGAUGGGUCUCACCGACAGCAAGCCUUCCGACGCGAAACUGAACGCCCUCUUCGACCAGUACAAGGACAGCGUCGAGGACAGCAUACUCGCCGAGGGCAUCGAGCAACUGUGCAGGGACCUGCAGAUCAACCCGGACGACUUCCGCAUCCUGGUGCUGGCGUGGAAGCUGAACGCCGAGCAGAUGUGCCGCUUCACGCGGAACGAGUUCGUCUCAGGGCUGAGGGCCAUGCGGGCCGACUCGGUCAAGGGCAUACAGGCGAGGCUUCCAGAGAUCGUGACAGAGGUGGACCAAAACGUGGAGCUGUUCAAGGACCUGUACCGGUUCACGUUCCGUUUCGGGCUCGACUCCGCCGCCGGCCAGCGCAUCCUCCCCACCGACAUGGCGGUCGUCCUCUGGCGGCUCGUCUUCACGAUACGCGAGCCGCCCAUCCUCGGCCGGUGGCUCGCCUUUCUCGAAUGCCACCAGUCCGUCCGGGGCAUCCCCCGCGACACCUGGAACAUGUUCCUCAACUUCUCGGAAGCCGUCGGCGAUGACCUCAGCUGCUACGACGACAACGAGGCCUGGCCGAGCCUGUUCGACGACUUCGUCGAGUACGAGAACGACCAGGCCAACCAGAACAUUUCCAAAGAGAAGGACUGCGAAGGACUGAUCAUCAUCGAGCAGAACGACUGAUGGCGGUGGUUCGGGCCGUCUGUAAAUAGAACUGCCUACGUUUCUAAGCGCCGUUCGUGAUAUUUCUGUAGUGGUGAGGUGCAACCAGUUUCAGAGCGAGAUAUUCGGAGAAUAUCUGUCCCUUCUUUCCCUUGACGAGUCGCUAUGCUUUGGAUGUUCGUCGGUUUUAUGAUGUUACGGAAGUGAUAGCUAGGCAAGACACGUGCCUACAUUUUUUACUUAAUUCGGUUGUCUCGUUCUACGUCCAUUUUUUCUUUUCGCGUUGUUUGUGUUCCGGGGGAAAUUAUUUUUUUAUGCGCGAUCACUCAGGACUUUAGGCCGCUGACUUUGGGUUUUUUUUUGUUUUGUUUUUGUUUUUUUUCUGAAAACGCAGGAUUGGGUGUGUUCAGUAUUACUUCGGGCGAUUGUGGAUGCUAAAUUUUCAUCUGUCGGUUUUUUCUUUGUGAUAUGUUUUUUAUUCGUUGGUUUAUUUCGUCGAAGACUGAAAGGUCGUUUAGGUGCUUUUGAUUUUUAGCCGUCUUGAUUUAUUCACUAUUUUUAUUACGUCUUUUAAAGCAUUAUUCUACCUAUAUAUUUAUUUAGAUUUUUUAAUUGUAGAUAUUACUGUAUAUUUGAAUGUUUUGUGAAUAAACCAUAUGAUUAUUUAA